AUGCCAACUGCACGAUUGUCUGCCUCGUCACCGGCACGAGAGCGCGCCCACUUCAACGACGAUCGGUUUGCUAAUCACUCUCUACAUCACAGCGUUGCUAUCGAUGCAUCUAAACCAGACGUUCACAUUCCCGCUCGUACCAGUAACGGUCAGCGCGCACCGAUGCAGUCGCUCGUCGAGCCAGUUCUGCCCGACCAUCGCGCAAGUCAAGAGUCGUCGGGCUCUCACACCUCCAUUCCGACUGAUUACUACGGUCCAGGUGCACGUAGCAGUGCCGGUUCCGUAUUCUCACAGGAAACCUCGGCCACAUCUGUCCACACAUUGCCGCCAUUGCAGAGCAAGAGCAUUGACCAUGUUGAUUUUCAGACAUUAGAGCCUGUGAUCGAAGACGAUCCGAGUUCAUGGGAUCUGGUGGGACCACCGUCUGUAGAGGUGGAGCAGGGGAUAUACGCGCUUGAAAAACGAGCAGAUCAAUUGUUCAGUUCUGAACAUCUCCGCGUCAUCUUCGAGGACCCCAAACUCCUGUUGAAGUUCACGGGCUUUCUGAACACACAUCGUCCGCAGAGCAUUCCGAUCCUGAUCUACUACCUAGACGCGCUGAAAGCUAUUCGGGCUAUCGGCUACGCGAACGCGAUCGCAGAAGCCUUGGAACCGAUCCAAGGACAGGGAUUCACCAAUGUUGUCGCAAAACCCACCAUCAACACAGCACUGGAGGACAAGGCGAAUCAAGCAUUCGACGUACUGGUGCAAGAGGAUCUCCCCGCCUACAUUGCGCACACAUGGAUCCAGGUCGUCAGCGUUAGUAUCCAACGACGAAUCACUGGAACCCUGGCGCCGCAUUUGAGGGAGGCGAGUGAAGGACUGGCGGAAGUUUUCUGUUUAACAGACCCGAGUCGUGCGGAUGACCCAAUCGUUUUCGCUUCCGAGGAAUUCACGCGUACCACACAAUACGGAAUGAAUUACUUGAUUGGCCGAAAUUGCCGCUUCUUGCAGGGACCUCGUACCAACCCUCUUUCCGUUCAGAGACUCGCAAUCGCAUUCGCAGAAGGCAAGGAGCACACCGAAAUUUUCGUCAACUACCGCCGCGACGGAAGUCCAUUCCUCAACCUUCUGAUGAUUGCUCCGCUGAUGGAUAGCCUCGAUGUCUCUGGUCUGCUAGAGGAUUGCAGCGAGAUGGAAGGUCUGAUGAAGAUGGUGGAGAAAGAGCAAGAGUAUGAGAAUGCUCCAGAGGAAGCGGAAGAGGCAUAUCACAAAGACGAGUUUCAGGAGCUGAGUGAAAUGUUCAACGGCGCUGAGCUCGACACUGUGCGCAAGUGUGGCGGACGUAUGCACAAGGAGUACGUCGACGACGCUGAGCAAGAUCCAUCAUCUGGAAGACCUCGUCUGCUUCUCAAAGAUCCAAUGCAGGAGGAUCCUGAAAACGAAAGUAAGAUGCCGAGCAGCGUACCGCCAACGAUCCGCGAGAAGAUCAAUGGCAAGCUUGAGGGUAUCUAUUCUCAUUACCUUCUCAUCCGACCGGCGCCCUCGCUACGGAUUCUUUUCACUUCCCCAUCUCUACGCGUUCCAGGCAUACUUCAAUCACCGUUCCUAAAUCGCAUCGGUGGCAGCAACCGUGUGCGUUCUGACCUCCGGGCCGCCCUCGCGGAAGGACGCGGUGUCACUGCCAAGAUUCGUUGGCUUAGCCGUCCGGACGAGGACGGCGAGGGCGAAGGCCGACCCCGGUGGAUCCACUGCACGCCGCUACUGGGCCACUCCGGUGCCGUUGGCGUGUGGAUGGUUGUGCUCGUUGACGAUGAAGCUUCAAGUUCGGCCGCGUCCGCUCGUCGCUUCCGCCAAGCACCGCCGAUCAGUAAUGUUAUCGGCGGCAAGGAGUGGGAUACGACGCAGAGGCGACCCAGCGCAUCCCCAGGACCUUCAAUCGCAAUGAGGCCGCGUGCUUCCCAGCAAGAGUUUGACCCAACUCGUGCUCGCAGCAGGAGCCGUGCACGGAGAGCGGAUGGCACUCAGGUUGUCAGCUCUGGGACAAGUGAAUUCUCAUUCAACUUGAAAGGCUGAAAUGAUGGGCAAUUAUGAUGAAUUCGAUGCCACCCAUCUUCAAACAUAAUGAUCAAGAGGUCAAGCAGCUCCUCGUAUCUUCUUCUCAACAACUGCUCGAAAUCAACUAGAGCUCCCAGCAUGAAGCUCUAUUCCCUGCGCAUCGCGCUGGAAUACUAUGCAACUCUUCCUGAUGCGACCUUGGAGUUCAUCAGCGCUGGUCCGGCCAGCUCACGACUAUUUUUUCCCCAAUCGACCAAGGGCAAACCCCCCGGAUCACAUUUCCGAAAGAGACACAAAGCCCUCCGCUUUUGUGAGAGCAACUAUUAAUCAUAGACUGCGAUCACAAGAGUCAUGACCUGAUGCUUUUCGUCACUCACGCCUCUUAGAGGCAGCAGAACUGGGACGAUAGUAAUCGCUAAUAGCUUAUAUUUCGCCUUCUGCCUUCCUACUUCUCUUCCUCAUCU